AUGCUACACCGCACCGAGAUGCACGCCUGGACUUGUAUCCUGAGCCUCGCUGGGUUUUGCCUCGUCUCGAACGCGUGGGUCGACACGAAUGCGCGAGACCGCUUGGUGGCGGGGACAGCGCCGGCGCUCGCGACAUUUGCUUUGGCCCUCGUCCGCGUCGCGGGGCGCUGCUACAACGGCGUGACACACUUUGUGUUGGUCUACCCCGUCGCGCUCCUUCAGCUUCUUUCGCUGCUGCAGUCGUCGUACCGCUUGGCACUCGUCGCGUGCUGCUGUGAUGUGGCUGCCUGUCGCUUGGACCCAGCUCUCUUUGCUCCGUCUCAGUGCGGCGCCGCGUGUUCCAUACAUGGCGUUCGACUGCAGCACUUUGUCGGCUCGCUCCUCUCGUCCAGCGCCCUCGCGCUGCUUCAAUGGCUUGAAGACACUCGCAACCACGAAUCCUCAACGUUCAUCGUCCAGUAUAGUCCGAGCGAGAUGCGGGUUCGCGCCACUGACGCCGUACACAGCGCCCACAACUAA